AUGGCGGCUCUCGAGGUAGACGUGACUGUGGACCACAAAAGAGACGUGCAAGUGGGGUCUCUAGUACACUUUUAUCAGCAAUUUGGUCAACUCGCAUAUGACACAAUCGUGCGCAUCUCGCGCGAUCCUGACGCGGGAAUCGAGCUCACGGAUCGGCGACGCGUGGCGUGCGUCAUUUGCACGGAAAGCAAGCAGACAAAAAUGCGCAGAGCCAAAAGGAUACUGGCGCGAACUCACCCAUAG